UCUGCUUACUGGCGGCGGAAGUAGGUGGGUCCUGCAGCCUCCAUUCCCUGUAGCGCCUCUGGUGAGGACUGAGCCAUGAGAGUGGGAAUCGCCUGGCGGAGAGGAGCCUGAGCCCGGCAGGUUUCUAAAUCAUAUUUUCCCCGCCGCUGCUGGACGUUAACGCGCUUGGCGCGGUUUGGUAGCCGGCCCCCUGACUGCCCACCGGACUUCCUUUUCUCCCUUUUGCCGCCGGCGUGUUAUUUACGGUGUCACCGAACGUCUUCACCAGACAACCAAUCAUCCGAGCCGCCGCCGCGUUUCCAAGCCCCGGUUUCCUCAUUGAUUGCUUUCCUCUCGGCGUCACCAUGAACGAGGUGAUGGUGGUUAAGGAAGGAUGGCUUCACAAAAGAGGGGAAUACAUAAAAACAUGGAGGCCUCGAUACUUUCUUCUGAAGAGCGACGGCUCGUUCAUCGGGUACAAAGAGAAGCCGGAGACCUCCGAGCACAGCCCUACCCUGCCUCCCCUCAAUAACUUCUCCGUUGGAGAAUGCCAGCUCAUGAAGACGGAGCGCCCUCGGCCCAACACGUUUGUGAUCCGAUGCCUGCAAUGGACGACGGUUAUCGAGCGGACGUUUCACGUGGAUACCCCGGAGGAAAGGGAGGAGUGGAUGAUAGCCAUCCAAACCGUGGCCAACAGCCUGAAGAAUCAGGAGGCCGAGGAAGAGGAGACGAUGGACUUCAACUGCGUCUCUCCCAGUGACGCCCCCAGUACCGCGGACAUGGAUGUGGCCGUGUCCAAAGGACGCCCCAAAGUGACGAUGAAUGAUUUCGACUAUCUGAAGCUGCUGGGGAAGGGGACGUUCGGGAAGGUGAUCCUGGUCCGGGAGAAAGCGUCCGGUCGCUACUACGCCAUGAAGAUCCUGCGCAAGAAAGUCAUCAUCGAUAAGGAUGAAGUGGCUCACACGGUUACAGAAAGCAGAGUCCUGCAGAACACCCGACACCCUUUCCUGACGGCGCUGAAAUACGCGUUUCAGACCAGCGACCGGCUGUGCUUUGUCAUGGAAUACGCCAACGGCGGGGAGCUCUUCUUCCACCUGUCCCGGGAGCGCGUCUUCACCGAGGACAGGGCGCGCUUCUACGGCGCCGAGAUCGUGUCCGCUCUGGAGUACCUCCAUUCUCGAAACGUGGUAUACCGGGAUAUUAAGCUGGAGAAUCUCAUGCUGGAUAAAGACGGUCACGUGAAGAUUACCGAUUUCGGUCUGUGCAAGGAGGGCGUCACGGCUGGCGCCACCAUGAAUACUUUCUGCGGCACCCCGGAGUACCUGGCCCCGGAGGUGUUGGAAGACAAUGACUACGGCCGGGCGGUGGACUGGUGGGGGCUCGGGGUCGUCAUGUACGAGAUGAUGUGCGGGAGGCUCCCCUUCUACAACCAGGAUCACGAGAGGCUGUUUGAACUCAUCCUGAUGGAAGAGAUCCGCUUCCCGCGGACUCUGUCUCCCGAAGCCAAGUCUCUCCUUGCCGGCCUCUUGAAAAAGGAUCCCAAGCAGAGGCUAGGAGGGGGUCCCAGCGAUGCCGAGGAAGUGAUGGCCCACCGGUUUUUUAGUUCUGUUAACUGGCAAGACGUCAUCCAGAGAAAGCUAACGCCGCCCUUCAAACCUCAAGUCACCUCGGAGAUAGACACGAGAUACUUCGACGACGAGUUCACGGCUCAAACGAUAACCGUUACCCCGCCGGACCGAUAUGAUGAAAUGGACGCGUUGGACUCGGAGCAGCGCGCUCACUUCCCGCAGUUCUCGUACUCGGCCAGCAUUCGGGAAUAACUUCCCAUCUGAAGAGAAGCCGGAGGGGACGUCACAGACUUUCCGCUGAAAGAGUCGCCCCCCGUGGGGUAGAAACGUUUUUCCUCCGGCGGGGGAAAUCCUGCGCACGUCUCUGACUGUUUGCCGUGGGGCCCCGGGCCCUCAGCGCGUCCCCACGGGGCGGAUAAACAUGUUUUCUCUUUGCCUUCUUACUGCUGGUGCAGUCAUCGGGAUCGUAAGCCAUAGCAAUGGAGGGCGAGCAACGCCAGCCAUCCCACAAUCCUCUGCAACGUCUGCCUCUCCUUCCCCCGGGCCGUCUCGCCAGAGACUGUAACGGUACUGAGAUACCCCGGGGAGGGUAACGAUUCUCCGCUCGCUGACUGGGGAGGAAGUACAGUAAAAAAAAAUACUGCCACGGUUGGUACAUCACGGCAACAAUGAAUUCUUUUUUUCUCCCCUUUUUUUGCCCCCGUUUGAGAAUUAAAGCGUCCCGUACUAUUUGCAGUGCCGUGCUAUAAUAUAAAGCUCUAUGGUUCCUUUACUACAGCGGUGCAACCGGAAAAUCCGCCCCCCACCCACAGGAUCUUGGGUAUGAAAAUGACGGAAUCUUUUCACCUUCGACCCCACGCCGGAUUUUUGGAAUUAAAAAGGCAAUUUUUUUUCUUUCUUUCAUUCUAUUAUCUAUUGCCCCUGCCCCCCCCCCUUUUUGAGCCCCCAGCCUGGGGUAUUUUAGUUAAACCAAUCAGAAUGAAUUCUGCGCUUCGAGGACUCCGACUUGUCGCUCGGCGGCUUAGCUCGGGCUUGUGACUUUAAGAAAUAAAGUAUUCUGAUUGGCUGUGGCUCGAUAUAUAACGCCCGCCAACCAGUCUUAGUCGUCUGUGGAUCAUACCAUUGACUGGUUGGGGGGGGGGCAUGCGUUAGUGUAUUACCCGGUAAUGCUCAUUCUUCGCGUUCAGUAUCGUUUUAAACAUGCUGGGCGGCCGUAGCGCAACUCAACUACUUCUGAAGCAAUAUAUAUAUUUUUUCAAUUUAAGGGAUUUCUAGGAGUUUCAGCUUUUUAUGUAGACGUUCGUGUUUAAAGGGGCAGUCCCACUAUAGUGGGUCGAAAUAUAUACCUAUGUUUUUAGUAUAUGCUUAGGUGUGUCCUCUCCUCAAAAUAACUUGUUUUUGUUAUUUAAUUUAAUAGUUUUUUUGAAUUUCUCCUUUAACCCUUUUUUUGCUUAAUUUCAGCAUAUCAUGUACUCCAGAUUCGUAGUUAACGUUCAAAUAUGAAAGGGAAGGGAAAAAAAAACACUUUUAACCUGUGCCUGGAUAGACUGACAUAGUCUUAUAACCAAAAACGAAACACGAAAAAACAGCUUCUGAUUGUACAGAGAAAAAAAAUAUAUAAAAAACAGCUAUUAUUGUACCGGGACUGGCCCUUUAAAGAAUGCCCGGCGCUGUUUAGCGGGCGAACCUCGCUCUUUUGUCAGAAAUUCUCUUUUUUGUAAAUGUUUUGAAUGAAUACACGGCUUUUCCUCACUA